AUUCUGCUGCGUUCAUUUAGCGUCCUUGUUUUUUUAGCCUUUAUGUCCCUCAGAGGCGCCCGUAGGCUGCUUCGCUCCGUCGACUGUAUUUUUUGAACUUUCGGCGCGAUUCUUGCUAAGUUCUCGUCGAAGGUAACAGUUUGUGAAGCCGAGUCGAAAAAAGAAUGGAGGGAUUCAAGACCCCCCAGACGUCCAGAGUGAGGAGCGUUGGAAGUGGAGGAGGAACUCCCAUCAACAUCCCGGCCUCCCCUUUCAUGAAGAAGCUGGGCUGUGGGACAGGAGUCAGCGUCUACCUCAUGGACAGACCGGGGAAAAUGUCUCCCUGGGCCAUCAAGAAGAUGAACAGCAAAUGUGCCAGCAAACAGGUGCAAGUUUACCAGAAGCGUCUGAACGAGGAGGCCGAGGUCCUUAAAGGAAUCAACCAUCCCAACAUUGUUGGGUUCCGUGCGUUAGCCACAGCCAAGGACGGAUCCAAGUGUCUGGCCAUGGAGUUCGGAGGAGAGCGGUCCCUCAAUGACCUGAUCGAGAAGAGGAAGGAAGAAGGCCUUCUGGCGUUUCCUGCCGCCCACAUCGAGAAAGUGGCUCUUCAUGUCGCCCGGGGUUUGCAGUAUCUUCACAAUGAGAGGAGGCUGCUGCACGGAGACAUGAAGUCUGGCAACGUGGUCAUCAAGGGAGACUUUGAUGCGGUCAAGAUCUGCGACGUGGGUGUGUCCCUUCCCCUGGACGAGAACAUGAGUGUGUCGGAUCCAGAGGCGGAGUACGUCGGCACGGAACCCUGGAACCCAAAGGAGGCCUUGGAGGAGGGCGGCAACAUCACAGACAAGGCUGACAUCUUCUCCUAUGGCCUGACCCUGUGGGAGAUGAUGACCCUGGCCAUGCCUCAUAUGGACAACCUGGGGGAGGAGGAGGAGGAUGAUGAAGAGGACUCCAUGGAGGAGAGCUUUGAUGAGGACGCCUACUGCGCCAGGCUGGGGACGAGGCCCGGCCUGGCGGCUGAGGCGCUGGGCGACUCCUACAGGAGGAUGGUAGAGCUCUUCUACGUGUGCACAGAGGAGGACCCCAAGAAGAGACCGUCGGCCGCCCAGAUCGUGAAGGUGCUAGAGAGCAACACCCCCCUUGACAAAACAGCAGCAGCCACUCCGGUUUGAAUCUCCUGUACUCCUUAUUAGCUCCAUUUUGCCACAUAGCAAGUUAUCUUGCUUUUGCAGCCCCUUUCCUUCCGAUGUUGGCUGUCGGCUUUGUCAAACAGAAAGCAAUCAAGGGGGUUCAAACAUGUUUAUUAAACCUAUUUACACCAUAA